AUGACACGUUGGAGGGCGCCUUCACUCUGUCAGCAGUCCGGGUCGUAUUCAGCGGGCUCCCCCCUUAUACACUCAUCUUCUCCACCCCCUACCCCCCACCCCCAUCCAGAUGCCACGCUUCUGGGGGGGACAGCAAGUAGUUCUCUUCUUGUCGCCUCGACUACCUUUCAGUGUUCGACCUCUUGA